AUGGCUCUUCAGGCAAGCAUGAACAUGAGCACCAUGUCUCCUGCUAGAGCUGGAUUAUUAUGUUCAAACCACGUAGCUUGCUCAAAAGAAAAGUUGAAAUUUCCCACAGGCAGAGGGUUAACGAGGUCUACUUCUUUCGCAUUUCCAUCUUCUUUAAAUACUUCAGUCAAAAAUCAUAAAUCCAGCGUUGUGUGCAAAGCUCAAGAAGCUGUUGGUGUAGUGCAAGAGGCAACAGAUUCAAGCUGGGAUAGCGUGGUUAUGAGCAGUGAACUCCCUGUUCUAGUUGAAUUCUGGGCACCAUGGUGCGGGCCGUGCCGGAUGAUAACACCGGUGAUCGAUCAAUUGGCAGCAGAAUACGCAGGGAAGAUUGCUUGUUACAAGGUGAACACUGAUGAUUGCCCAAACAUUGCUUCAAAAUAUUCGAUUAGAAGCAUCCCCACAGUGCUAAUGUUCAUGAACGGAGAGAAGAAAGAAGGUGUUAUAGGUGCAGUUCCAAAGGCUACCUUGGCUGCUGCCAUUGAAAAAUACAUUGAAGCUUGA